GUCGGAGCGGAAGGGACACCCAGAGACUGAGAUGAGAGAGGAGCUAUAAGAAGAGAAACCAGUCGCAGCAAAACAGAACUCUCGACAAACGCACGCCCUCUUUGCGCUCUCCGUUUCUUUGCUCCUGGAUGGAAUUGUUUUACUUUGCAUCGUGGGACUGCGCUGCGGACGGGGCGGGGCGGCCCAAUGGCCCCCCUGGAGUUACUCUGCUCCCCUUCACGCUUCCCUCCCGGCGCCGCCCCGCGAUUGGCCGGCGCGCCCCCGGGCUGCCGCCGAUUGGUGCUCGCCGGCUGGAGCCGCGGGGCUUAAAGAGGGGGCGGGGGCGCGCUGCCCAGCAGCGCUGCUUUCCCCGUCGUGCGCCCUUCACCGCUGAGCUCGCAGCCUCCGGCGCCCACCUCCGCUUCCAGUGUCCCGCUUCGGGCCGUCGCCCUCCAGCGGCUCGCGAGCGUGGGAGACGUACCUGGGCAGGCACUGUCCAGCCCAGGCCCAGGCACAGCCGUGAGGGGCGAGGCACGCAGACAUCCUGGCGGCCACCAUGGUGGCCACGUGCCUGCAGGUGGUGGGCUUCGUCACGAGCUUCGUGGGCUGGAUCGGCGUCAUCGUGACCACCUCCACCAAUGACUGGGUGGUGACCUGCGGCUACACCAUCCCCACCUGCCGCAAGCUGGAUGAGCUGGGCUCCAAGGGGCUGUGGGCCGACUGCGUCAUGGCCACGGGGCUGUACCACUGCAAGCCCCUGGUGGACAUCCUCAUCCUGCCGGGCUACGUGCAGGCCUGCCGCGCCCUGAUGAUUGCUGCCUCGGUCCUGGGUCUGCCGGCCAUUUUACUGCUGCUGACUGUUCUUCCCUGCAUCCGGAUGGGCCAGGAGCCCGGUGUGGCUAAGUACAGGCGGGCCCAGCUGGCUGGUGUUUUGCUCAUUCUGCUGGCUCUCUGCGCCAUUGUUGCCACCAUCUGGUUCCCUGUGUGCGCCCACCGUGAGACCACCAUCGUGAGCUUUGGCUACUCCCUGUAUGCAGGCUGGAUUGGUGCUGUGCUGUGCCUCGUGGGUGGCUGUGUCAUCCUCUGCUGCGCUGGAGAUGCCCAGGCCUUUGGUGAAAACCGUUUCUACUACACUUCGGGCUCUAGCUCCCCGACUCAUGCCAAGAGUGCCCACGUAUAAGAGGGCUGCCCGGCUGCCCACAGAGGUGCUGUAGAUGCUGGGCCCAGGGCCCUAGGUUUGCUCGUCACAAUGGGGGGAAGCCCACUCCUCUGCCAGGCUCUAAAGCCAAAGGUCUAGAAAAGCAUCCUGUCUGGCAUUUUGUAGUCUUAACUUUUCCCCCUUUCCCCCAUCUUUUGGUUGCCUUAAAAGAAAUCUCUAGCUCAGAUAAUGCCCAGACAUUUUUCCCCAUGGUGUUGCCUCCUAUUAGCUCUUUUCUUGGGCAUUCCUUUGCUGUUUAUUAAAAAUAUAUUAUAUAUAUUUUGUUUCUUUAAAUUUCAAAUGUUUUGCAAACAUCACUGAGUUAGGUGGGGGCGGGGAAGAGAAAUACAAGACACUUUUUUUUUUUUUUAAAUAGGGCCUCACUGUUGCUCAGGCUGGAGUGCAGUGGUGUGAUCUCGGCUCACUGUAGCCUCAACCUCCCAGGCUCAAGUGAUCCUCCUGCCUCAGCCUCCCAAGUAGCUGGGACUACAGGUGUCCACUACUACACCCAGCUAAUUUUUAAGUUUUUUGUAGAGAUGAGGGCUCCCCCUAUGUUGCCCAGGUUGGUCUCAAACUCCUGGACUCAAAGUAUCCUCCCGCCUCGGCCUCCCAAAGUGUUGGGAUUAUAGGAGUGAGCCACUGCACCGGCCAAGACGCUUUUCAAACUGAUACAGAUGACAAUGGGAGCCUCAUAAAGAUGGCUUUUGUUUCUUCCCUUCAAGGUCAUUUACUUGUACGAGACAGAAAAAGAUAGCACUGGGGACAUGGGAUGGGGAAGGGAGGGGAAUAGUGGAACGAACUUUCCAUGGGAAACUUUCCCUUUUGUAAGUUGAGGGCCAGGGGUAGGGAUAUUUUUUAGUUUGUGAUUUUACAUUUAUCUGUACAUACUUUUUCAAGAUUGAUCAUUUUUAUAACCAUGGUUUUCCUGAAAUCCUCAAUUCAUCAAUAUGAAGGAAAUGAACCACAUAGACUUUAUGCAAUAAAUAACAGUGCAAGUGAGUAUAACUUUAACUGAUGUUCCACAAAACAUUUUUGAUUUCAGGUUUGUAUGAUGUAGUUUUUAAUCGUACAUUUUCAUAUGCUUCAAACUAACACAUUUUUAAAGCUUUCCCCCACUUUUCUCUCUAUUUGCAAUGUUAGCCAUCUUGAAGUGAUGUUGUUUAACAUAAAUUGUACUGUUGAAUUUGGCUUUACGGGUGUAAACACUGAUGGUAUAUCAGUAUCUGAGACCCCAAACUCUCCAAAUACUGAUGGUGCAUUUUAUUCUUUAAGUGAAAUCUGUGCAAUAAAAUAACAGACUGUCUGCAAAA